GCAACUCCAACAAAAUUCUUUUGUUUUAGUUCAUAUUUUUGAGGAUUAUGACUGAAAACAUUAAGGAAAAGCUUGAACUCGUGGUUGAGGAUGAAGAUGCUGAGCCGGCGCAAUUACAUCCCUGCUGCCCACACGGCCCAACACUGCUGUUUUAUCGCCAGACCCCUAACGACGGUUACUUUGCCUGCUCUGCACAUCGUGACCGCAAACUGUGUAAUUUCCGCAUGGAAAAAAGCGAUUGGAACUACAAGCAUAGGCAACCGCUACUGGUGGGGAAGUAUCCCAAUGCAGUGACUUCUGAUAAGGUGUAUAUAGAUCCUACGAGAGAGUUGGAAGCAUUAUCUCAGGAUCAAGUGCAUGCACAGUACUUUUUCGAUGACAAAACGCUGGAGUUCUUUGAGGAUCAAUUCACAGCGCUUAAAAUUGACAAAGUCGUCUGCAUGGGCACACCACGUCUUCAUUUCCAUUUACGACGCACUGGCAACAUAAAAAGCUUCCUACUUGAUUUUGAUGAGCGCUUUGCUGAACAUCUGAAUCCACAGGAAUUCUGCCUUUAUAACAUGUGCAAUAAUCACUUUUUCUACAAACGCCAGCCAUUUGAAAUGUUUCUCAAAUGCAAAAGUCAGGAACGCUUGUUAAUUGUAACGGAUCCGCCUUUCGGCUGUCGCACUGAGCUUAUAGCCCACACGCUUCGCAGCUUAAGACGACUGCAUAAUGAUCUCAAUGAACUACCUGUUAAUACGCCGCUGUCCAUAUUCUGGGUUUAUCCUUAUUAUAUGGGCAACUACAUUAGAAAGGAUAUGCCAGAGCUAGCUGCCUGUGACUACAAGCUAAACUACACUAAUCACGAAAGGUACACAAAUGUGGGUCCCUCAAGUCGGUCUUAUGGCUCGCCUGUGCGCGUUUUUACCAACGUGCCGCUAGAGCUGUUGCAGCUGCGAGAGGAGCAUGGCUAUAAGUUCUGCGACAAGUGUCAACGCUAUACUGCUUUGGAGAAUACGCACUGUGAGCGCUGCAACAACUGCUCCUCGCUGAAUGGUCAAACAUACAAGCACUGCACCAGCUGUGAUAUCUGCGUUAAGCCCAAUUAUGUCCACUGCACAAAGUGUCGACGAUGCAGCCAGCGCGAGGGUCACAACUGCGAGCUUUAUCAGAGCAAGCAACAUUGCUGGCUCUGCGGUCAACUGGGACACAUUGAGACAAAUUGCCAGGUGUGGCGCAUGAUGCAGCGCUGGCAGAGAAAGCGAAAGCAGUUCCAACAACAGGGCUGUCUUAUCUGUGGACAGAGCAAACACAAUGAGCGCAAAUGUCUACAGCGGUAUAAAUACUUCAAAGAAUCGCACUUUAUGGGACAUACUGUUAUCAUGCCCCGCCAUUUAUAGCCAAAUACACGCCGAUAUUGAGCACAUCUACCGUUUUAUAUUAUUUAACAGAGAAUACUUGCAGGGCUGUAACAAAGUGCCAAUGUUCCCAAUAAUAAUAACUUUUCAAUUGUUGACACUUUUGAAAAUUUAGUAAUGCGUCGGGAUACGGCGCAGAAUUAAUGCACAUGAACACGUCCACCAUAAAUUGUGGAAUGCUUACUUUUUGG